AUGUCAACCAAAUUGAACAUACUGGUACCUGUGAAAAGAGUGAUUGAUUUCGCCAUCAAACCAAGAAUCAACAAAACUAAUACUGGUAUUGAAAAAGCAGGUGUCAAAUUCAGUAUCAAUCCAUUUUGUGAUAUUGCUGUUGAAGAAGCUGUUCGUAUCAAAGAAGCUAAUAAAUCACUAGUGAAUAAAAUCCAUGUUGUUUCAAUUGGUCCAACUAAAUCUCAAGAUAUUUUACGUCAAUCAUUAGCAAAAGGUGCUGAUUCCUCAACUUUAGUCGAUGUUGGUGAAGAAGAAAUUGAACCUUUAUCUGUUGCUAAAAUUUUAAAACAAGUUGUUGAGAAAAAUCAAUCAAAUUUAGUAAUUUUAGGUAAACAAGCUAUUGAUGAUGAUUCAAAUCAUACUGGUCAAAUGCUUGCAGGUUUAUUGAAAUGGCCUCAAGCCACAAAUGCUGCUAAAGUGGAAUUGAAAGGUGAAGAAGUUUUCGUCACUAGAGAAAUUGACGGUGGUGAAGAAACUGUCAAGGCAAAAUUACCUUUAAUUAUAACUACUGAUUUACGUUUAAAUGAACCUCGUUAUGCAACUUUACCAAAUAUGAUGAAAGCUAAGAAAAAACCAUUAGAAAAAUUAAAACUAAGUGAUUUUGAUGUUGAUGUUACUAAACGUUUAGAAGUUUUAAAAGUCGAAGAACCUCCUGUUCGUAAUGCUGGUAUUAAAGUUGGUAAUGUUGAUGAAUUAGUUUCAAAAUUAAAAGAUUUGAAAGCCAUUUAG